CCAAAAAAAAUAAAAUGUAGGCCAAACACCCCGUUGUUGCAAAACCAAAGACGCAUCUCGCAACUCAUCGUCCUCUUCGGAUUCGUCACCGGUCAAAUCCUCCAGUCUUGAUUUCCGCGUCUUCUUUGGUCGGAUCACUGCACCAUAUCUUCACCUUCUCUUCGUCCUUUCAGGUGUGUGUGAAGUUUUUUUUGUAAAGAUUAUUAUAUACAUCAUGGGUAUGAAGCAAGUUAUAAAGAAUCUGGAUGCGUUUCCGCGUGCAGAAGAUCAUUUGUUACAGAAAACACAAUCUGGUGCUGUUGUUUCAAUUGUAGGUUUGUUCAUAAUGGCAACAUUAUUCUUGCAUGAGUUAACAUACUACAUUUCUACAUAUGAAGUCCACGAGAUGGCUGUUGACCUGAAACGUGGAGAAACAUUACCAAUCCAUAUAAAUAUGUCAUUCCCUUCUUUACCCUGUCAAGUUUUGAGUGUAGAUGCUAUUGAUAUGUCUGGCAAACAUGAAGUGGAUUUAGAUACAAAUAUAUGGAAGCUUCGAUUGAGUAGAGAAGGGGUGAUUAUUGGGACAGAGUAUCUAUCUGAUCUAGUGGAAAAGGGGCAUACAUCUCAUAAUCAUGAAAAUGAGACCGAUCAUCAUGACAAAAAAGUUCAUCUGGAUAAAUUUGAUGACGAGGCAGAAAAUAUGAUUAAGACUGUCAAGAAAGCAUUGGCUAACGGAGAAGGGUGCCGGGUUUAUGGAGUGUUGGAUGUUCAAAGAGUUGCUGGAAACUUCCAUAUAUCAGUUCAUGGUUUGAACAUAUUUGUUGCACAGAUGAUUUUUGAAGGAGCUACACAUGUUAAUGUCAGCCAUGUGAUUCAUGAUUUGUCGUUUGGGCCUAAGUAUCCAGGGCUUCAUAAUCCUCUUGAUGAGACAAACCGAAUUCUCCAUGGUUCCAGUGGAACAUUCAAAUAUUACAUAAAGAUUGUUCCAACCGAGUAUAAAUACAUAUCGAAAGAAGUCUUACCCACAAAUCAAUUCUCUGUUACCGAGUACUUCUCCCCGAUGAAUGAAUAUGACAGGACAUGGCCAGCGGUUUACUUUUUAUAUGAUCUUUCACCUAUUACUGUUACCAUCAAAGAAGAGCGGCGGAGUUUUCUCCACUUCAUAACUCGGUUAUGUGCGGUGCUAGGUGGUACAUUUGCUUUGACAGGAAUGCUUGACCGAUGGAUGUUUAGAUUCCUGGAGGCAGUGACAAAACCUACCCCCAGGCGUUCAAUGCGGUAAACUUUGUUACAAACUUGAUGAAGUAAGUUCCAUAUCACAGAAGAGGUGUUUGUUAUUUUUGUUAUCUUUAGUAUUUGGUAUUUUCUUUGUCAAGCUAUAUUUUCACUAGUAAAUGUAUAAUUUAACUACAUAUCUGUUGGUGUAACCAAACCAACAUUUUUUUCGCUUGUGGUUAAUCAUAGUCUCUCUCGAGUUAACAACAAUAGGGGUAACUUAUAUGACCCAAUCUAGCGAUGUAAACGUAAGAAAAGUUUGAUAUAACUCCAGGCUUCACUUUGGCUGUCA